GCCGAAAAUCAUCCUCACGCAAAAAUGAGACGGGGGAAACAAGAAAAAAAAUUCUAAGCGUAAUUUCCUUCUGACCUAAAAAACCUCUAUUACUACUCCCCACUGUUGGUUGUUCCCUUCUGACCAGUAACCGUCUUGACUCCUCAUGGAAGUGGCCAGUUCAACCUCUUCGUCAGCUCCGUCUAAUCGCAUUGCCGGUCGACCGGCCAUGCGACCGGGUGGCGCUUCUGGCGAAGGCAACGUCCCUUUCUCAAAAAUGGUGUUUGACGGAAAACGCAUGCGAAAAGCAAUUCAACGACGAACUGUCGACUAUAAUCACAGCGUAGCACGAUGGAUGCAGAUGCGAUCAUGGAUACGCGAUCGAAGAGAUACUCGUUUUCUACGGCCCGAUGCCAACUUUAUCAUUGACCUUUUACCACCGGCGGCUUACCUCGAUCAUCCCGUCAACGCGGUCACAACCAAAUUCAUACAUACAUCAACCAACAAAAUCCGAUAUCCAGUCAACGUCGUGAGGUGGACACCCGAAGGACGUCGUCUUAUCACCGGUUCUUCCAGUGGCGAAUUCACCUUGUGGAAUGGACUUACUUUUAAUUUCGAAACAAUCCUUCAAGCUCACGAUUCAGCCGUUCGCGCCAUGAAUUGGUCUCAUAAUGAUAACUGGAUGGUCACAGGCGAUCACAGCGGCAUUAUUAAAUACUGGCAAUCCAAUAUGAGCAAUUUGAAAAUGUUCCAAGGUCACAAGGAAGCCAUUCGUGAUCUGACGUUCGCACCAUCGGAUACACGAUUUGCUACGUGUUCAGACGAUUCACUCAUCAAAAUUUGGGAUUUUAAUACCGGUGUGGAAGAAAAGUCAUUAUCAGGUCACGGUUGGGAUGUGAAAUGUGUGGACUGGCAUCCUUACAAAGCAUUGUUGGCUUCGGGAAGUAAAGACAACUUGAUCAAAUUGUGGGAUCCUAAAACAGCCAAGAACAUCACUACACUACACGGACACAAAAAUACGGUACUGACUUUGCAAUGGAAUCAAAAUGGUAACUGGUUGGUCACGGCUGGUCGUGAUCAACUGAUCAAGAUCUACGAUAUCCGCGUUAUGAAAGAACUACACAUCCUGCGAGGGCACAAAAAGGAAAUUUGCUCCGCCAAAUGGCAUCCACAACACGAACGGUUGUUGGCAACAGGUGGAUCGGACGGUUCAUUGUUAUUCUGGAUGACAGGGCAAGAUCAACCAGUGGGUGAACAGGAGACGGCUCAUGAUAGUAAUAUUUGGUCGAUGGACUGGCAUCCUGUAGGCCAUAUUUUGGUCACUGGAUCGAAUGAUCAUACUACUCGCUUCUGGACUCGUCCAAGACCCGGUGAAACGGGCUCCGACAAAUUUGACGCCAGCAUGCAUCGCAACGAAGAAAGUCGAGAAGAAGAAGCAUUUGCUGAAGCCCCACCGUUCCGUCCUCACAAUGCGCCUCCCAGUAAAAUGGAACCACCCCCGUUCCGUCCUUCCAAUAUGCCUCGACCUGAAAAGAAUGAACCGCCACCUUUCCGAGCCACCCCUCCCGGGUUUCGACCACCCCCAAUGCACGACCCGCCGAACCCUGGUAAUAAUAAUAUGAUGCCAAGACAAAUGGAGCCACCUGGCCUGUCCCGACAUCCUCCCCCACCUUCUUCUUUUAUGUCAGACAAUGACGCCAUGUCUUACGGAUCACGACCGCCGCCGCAUCAACGACCCAAUUUCCAUCACCGAGGCGGUUCGCGAGGCAAUAUGCGCGGUAUGCCGUAUCAGAGUGGAGGUAAUGGUGGCCAACGUGGUAUGCCUUACGAUCAUCAUCAAGGACCUAUGGGUGGCAGCGACCGCCCUUCCCGUCCUCCCAUGGGCGCUCCACCUGGCAGCGGACGAUAUAAUAAUGAUAUGAAUGGGGGAUCAGCGCACUAUGGUGGCCAUAACGGUCCUCCCCGUCGCGGAGGAGGUGGUGCCCCCGAUAUGAGACCUCCCCAUCCUGAUUCAUCUAAUUAUCGCCCUCCACCACCAUUUGCACAAAGACAGAAUAAACGGCCAAGACGGUGGAACUAAACUCUUUCUUCCAUCCUACAUCAGCCUUCCACUAUCCAAAAAAGAUAAAAUGACAUUCACGUCUCAGCCAAUAAACAAACCACAGAUUUCAUCAUGCC